UCAGCCACGACGAACAUUGUGCAAAAUUAUUGUGAAUUAGUGAAUAUUUAGGUAUUUGUAUUAAAAAAGCGGUAUUUCGUCCAGCUCCAUUAUGACGCCCGUUGUAUACGUACACAAGGGAGAUGAGAAUGACAGACAGGAAUGGAUUGCAAGUUGUGUGGGCGAAAAGAAUGGCUGGUAGGAAUCAAAAUGAGCGUGAAUGGGUGGUAACAAGGGGGCGGUGAUCUUCUCUUCCUAGCGAGGGCACAGUGUAUGGAUGUGAAUUCAAGGAGUCUGAGUCCCACAGCAAAGUGUGCCAGAUGUGUGACAUGGGAGAGGAGGAGACGGUGGAACAUGUGGUGCUGGAGUGUGUGCAGUAUGCCAGAGACAGGAAUGAGGAGGAGAGUUAAAGAAUAAGAGAGAGAGAGAGAGAGAGAGAGAGAGAGAGAGAGAGAAGCCUGCUCCUCGCUCCUUGUUGAGUCAUGAUAAAAAGUUGAGAUGCCUUACUGCCAUAUAACACUUCAUUUAUUGUCAUCACCACUGCACCUCUCUACUUCUCUCUCUUCCAGCACUUGUAACUACCUCUCAAUCCAGACAGUUUGGUGGUGACAAAUCUCAUUAUUUCUCCUCACCAGGUUGACCUGUCUGGCUCCUCUCUGGUGGUGAAAGCAAGUGACGGCAAGAUGGUGAUGGUGACCCUGCCCAACCCCCUCCAGGAAAACUUGGAGGAUGUGAUUGAGGUGCAGGGUGUGGGUCAGGGGCAGAAGGUGACGUGCCAGAGUUACGUCACGUUCCCCCAAAUGCAGGCCGGCAAGUUUGACAAGGGUUACUACCUCUACGCAGACAAAACCUAACCAACCAGCUUAACCUGAGUCGCCCCUGGAACCGCCCCACCACAGAGGAGGAGGAGGAGGAGGAGGAGACAGUCAUGGAUGAAGGGACGUCACAGAUCAUGCACAUUUGCUUCCAUAUUGGGUCGCGGUGGAAACUGGCGUACAGCUUCUGUGCCUGAGCCUGCUGUGGACGCAUUCCCAGCCCCCAAACUGAACGGUCAACCUGCCGCCAAUCUCAACUUCUACCAGAACAGCUUGGACAUGGCUGGCCAGGACAACCACCGCAACACAGACAUGCAUGCACCUGAUAUGGACAUGAAAAUGGAGGGACAGGAGUCCCACUUGAUGGUGUCCGACAGUGAUGCCUCAGUGCAGGAGGGGGAACGGCAGGCAGAGACCCGCAAGUGCCCCUGGGAGAAGCCUGGAGUGGCAAGUGUGUUGCAACCUUUCAAUUAAUGUGUGGUGGCAGGCAUCAAGGUGAAGGUCAACAGAAAGAAGGUGCCAGGAGCCAAGAACUUCAAGAUCCGCAGGUACGUGCAGCCCAAGAAUGCCGUCGUGUGCCUGAAUGAGCUGCGGCCGGGCGUCACCUACACCACGGAACAGGAGGGAGGCGUUUGCCAGCCAUUUUGCAUAUCUGUCGAGGUUGACGGGCAGAAGUACCGAGGGUUUGGAUCUUCAAAGCAGCUGGCCAAGCAGGCGGCGGCUGAGGCGGCGCUGAUUGGCUUCUUGAAGCCGCCUGUCACCACACCAGAGAACAGACAAGACCCCCUGGGCCACCCUGGGGCUGACGGGCUGGCUCAGGAAGGCUUUCAUACCUGCAAUGUCAGAGCUACUCAGUCCUUAACACACUGCUACUUAACACUGCAGAGCUGUGGGUCCCACCACCACCUACUGCCCUGCACUGCUGCAGUCUGACUAGUCAAGGCUCAUGUGGGGCAUUCAGCCCUCUUAUAUUUUAAGGCUCAAUUUAGAAAACUCUAAAAUCUCCAUUAUCAACAUUCUAACAAAUCAUCAGUGAAAUUAACAUUAACACAAUCUGUAACUGCCAUGAGGCCACGGAGGAGUGUGGGGCCUCCCCACACUCCUCCGUCUCUCCCUCCCUCCCUCCCUGGCGUGCACAAUCCUCACCAGGGGGGAUGGCGGCCCCACAGCGGCCGUCAAGGAGGAGAGUCCCCAGGCCUUCACGGAGGCCAUCUGUGCCCACCUGGGAGGCCGUGCCCCCAAUAAACACCCCGGCUGUGGAUCCCAAGGUGGGUGUGACUUGGGAUUGGCUGCUAGGGAACUUGGGAAAGGGACAGGGAUGGCUAGCAGAUAACUGUGGUUCAGGGUGUGGUGGUGGUGGUGCUGCUGCUGCUGCAUGGCAGGUGUGUGGCACAGGCACGACAGGUGAAGGUGUAGUCGCUGGGUGGUGUGACCGUUGGUGUGCUUGGCUCAUGGCUGGGAGGGUGUGGGGAGGGUCUUCCUUCUGUUGUGUUGCUGAAGGAAGAACCGAAUACACUGAGAGUGAAUGAAGAGCACUGACUCGAUUUCUGACCAUGACUGUAUGUACUCUCCCAUAGCAUUACAUUGUAUACUGAAAUGGGUUUGCCUGGUUGAACAUGUAGCACCGUACCACAACCAUUACACUCUGCCAUGACUGAGUCUGUCUAUGCUAGUCCUCAAAGUAUUGUGUGGCACUUUUUAAGCUAAUUUGCACUAUUGUUAUGGAAAGUCCCAACCUCUCAGGCAUAGUGUGUAGUUUGGGGACACUUGGUUCAUUGUACAUGGCAUGCUACUGAAGAACUGAAGUAAACAUGGAAAUCUUAAA